ACACAUUUCUAUUUUUAAAUUUCUAAAAAUAACUCAAUCUCCUAUAAAAGGGUGAAUUUACUCGAGAAUGUUAGACAGAUAUGUUAAGACUUUGAACAUUUCACUUCUCGGUCAAGUUUUACAGUUUCGUUUAAACACCAAUAUCGGACCAGGUUUCUUGACCUGCUGUGAGUGACUCUUUGACAAUGGUGAAGACACUACAUGACGUGUGCCUGACAUGUAUCCAGAAACGCCUGGACAAAAUACCAGAUGUUGGACGACGCCUUCCAAAUGUACACAAAGAAAUUCUGCUGGAGAGACUCGUGAACCAUGACAUUCUCACUGAGCAUUACUUCAAGGCUGUGCAGAAGAGUUUGUUUAUGAACAAUCUAAGACGAGUGACCCUAUACAAGAGCGAUCAACUUACUGAUGCAAUGUUAAAGACUUUAGGAGAACGUUGUCCAAGCAUGCAUCAGCUGACCAUACACAUGUGCUCAAAAAUCACAGAUAAUGGUAUAAAGUCUGUGACAAAAACACAGAAGGAAUUGAUGAUUCUGGAGCUGAGGAAGCUAGCAAACUUUACAGGGAAAGGCCUGGAACUUCUCAAGUCUCCAACAUUAAAGUUGCUAGAUCUCCGUGGCUGUAAUGCUGUAACCAAUGAAGCUGUUGAAACGGUGACGAGAAACAAUCCUACCAUUUCUAGUCUAAUAAUUUAUGACUGCGGCCAGCUAUCUCCUCAAGUGUUUGCCUCGAUAGCUCAGGCACUUAGACACAAUCUGGAAGAAAUUGAGGGAUGUCCACGCCCAAUGACAGAUGAAAAUAUCACCGCUCUGGCCAGAUUUUGUCCCAACCUUACAAAUUUAAAUCUACUUGGAAGCUCAAAACUGACUGGGAAUGCUUUGCUUGAGUUAUCCCAGGGAUGUACCAGGUUAGAAUCGCUGGACCUAUCCUACUGUUACGGGCUGCAGGAAUCUCCCGACAACCAAUUCCUCUGGACCCUGCCCACCUCUCUCACACACCUAUCUCUCUGUGGAGUUCUACUGGCAGAUGAAGAUCUGGUCGUAGAAACUUUACAACGGUUGAGGCAUCUCAAGUCUGUAAGACUGUGUGGCAUUCCUGCCAUCAAUGACAUCACCUUUCCAAAGAUCCUGCAACACAUUGGAGGGAGCCUUGAGGUUAUAGAUAUCAGCGGAUCACGGGUCCUGACAGACGUGGGUCUGGCAGCUGUGGCCAAGUACUGUACAUGUCUACUUGAACUCGACCUCAGUAUCUCUAAACUGUUGACCGGUCACACCCUGUUGCCCCUCCUACGGGACCCAGAGAGAGCUCCACUCCUUAGAAAGAUUUUCUUGAGUGUACAAAAGAUACAGGCGGAAGUGCUGAUGGCAAUGGCAGAGAGGUGUUGUAACCUGGAGAAAUUUGAUGCCGCCGGAGUGGAAAAGGUGUCGGAUCACUUGUUGAUGACAAUGGCAGCGAACUGUCCGCGACUGAAGCACGUCGGAAUAAAAGGAUGCAAACAGGUGACUGACACAGGAGUGUGUGCGAUCGCUCGUUGCUGUCCUCUGAAGUCCCUGGUGUUGUCGGGGAUACAGUCGAUCACUGACAAAACAGUGUUCACUGUGUCAAACCACUGCCACAACCUCGAGGAGAUCUAUCUCAAUGGCUGCUCGAACGUGUCCACGACCACCAUCAACUAUCUUAUAGACAAUUGUUUACCAAGAGUGUACGUCCAGCACAAGACGCCCAACCUCGUCUCGGAGCACAUAAUGGGCAAGAACAUAGACACAGGAGAGUUCUGUCGGAUGGACUUAUUAAUGGAUAGUGGAAGUGCUAGAUAGCCGUUGUAUCAGGUUUCUUACAGAAUGUUAACACAAAAGAGUUCUGCAGAAUGGACCUAACACAUAUAAAUUGAAAUCCCAGAUAGCUAGGAUUCUGACAGUUUGUUGACAAAGAAGAGUUCUUCAGAAUGGACCUAACACAUAUAAAUGGAAAUCCCAGAUAGCCAUUUUACUAGGAUUCUGAUUGUAACUUUACAAAGAAGUGUUCUGCAAAAUGGCCAAACUAAUGGUUGGUGGAAGUGCUAGCUAGCCAUUUUUUGAUUUUAUCAGGAUUUUCUGCAGGAUGGACCUAAAUCCUUGAUGUCGUAAGUAGCCAUUUUACCAGGAUUCUAAUAGAACCUUUUUACAAAAGAGUUCUGGAGGAUGGACUCAAUACAUGUGGAAGUGCCAGAUAGCUUUUUAAUGAGGAAUCUAUACAGUGUUGAUGUGAUUUGCUAAAACACAAAUUUGAAUCUUUUCUAAAACUUUGAUAAUGGAGUCAUACACGCAAUAUGCAUAUCAUUAUAAACACAUAUUUUAUCACACAAUAGUACAUUGGCUAUAUUAGCACAGUAAGAUAUUAGCACAUCAAACUUCCUUGGACCAAUGAACUUUAAAUAUUUGUCUAUAGUUGGUACUGUAUGUAGAUUAGAACAUCCAAAAUAGGUUGUGUAAAAAAAGCAUUAAAUAUUUAACUUUUUCACCCCUAGGUAACUUGAGUAGACUCGACCAUACAUUCAUCUGGAUGAGUCCAUUAU